AAAGGAAACAAUAGGUUGGCAGCUAUAGCGCCUGUAGACAUAGGUGUCACUUCUCUGUGAUAGAAGUUGUCAUCGUGUUUGCCUUGCUUUUGAAGUAAGGCAGCGAACUGAGCUAGUACAAAUGUCUAGGUGCCGGUAGUAGUGGGGUGGAAGAGGACUUCAUAUCUGAUCUGCUUCUGACUGAUCUUUGCUGCUGCUGUGCGAUUUGACACAAUGCAAUGGGGAACUGCUGCAUUCAGUGCUGUGCCAUCUUCAGGAGAGAGGCCAACAGAAUCCAGAGAGGAGGAGGAUCUAAAUACUUUAGAAGUAGCACAACUGGAGAACACUAUACAAUAGAGUUUGAGAAUCUUGUAGAGAGCGAUGAGGGUGAGAGUUCACAUACCUGCCCCAGGCCCAUCAGUGAGGAGGAGAUCGGGCAUCUAAAGGAGCAGCGCUAUGGUGCUAUUGCGGACAAGCAGACAAUGAUUGAUGAGAAGCUAAAGGCAGAGUUAGUGGCACAAGAGGAGAAGUUAAGGCUAGAAGAGGAGGAUAUAAUCGCAGUUCAGCGCAAGGUUGCUCGGCUUACAAAGGAGCGAAAGCUAAAGGAGCAGCUUGCACAGAAGAAAAUGCCAGCAGAGGCCAGUGGCUCAUAUCGCAAAAACAGGCCAUCAGGUGGAGAGUUUGAAGCGUAUCUGCAGAAUGUGAAGGCUCAGUCAGAGGUGUUCCGCAGCAGCCGGCUGUCCUCUGAGACCAAUGUAGUAACUCCUAACACAGAGAGCAGCUGGGACUUCACCUGCAGAACUCGCUCCACUAAUGACGAUGCCACCUCGCUUGACCUAGAGUGGGAGGAUGAGGAGGGUAUGAAUCGGACGGGUGCUGCAUGGGAGCGCUCGAAGACCGAGGAGGACAUUCUGCGAGCUGCGCUCCGCCCCGGCAGUAAACAUCUUACCUCUACUUCUGAAGAUUCCAACGCUCUGGAGUGGGAGAACGACUUUGUCAGCGCACAUGCUGAAGACAGCGGUGAACAGGACGAUGAGGAGUUUGAGGGCUUCGUUAAUCCGGUACUUGACACUCCCUCCGACGAGGCAGAGCCGUAUACUGGCCAGCAGAACAGAUAGUCCCAGACAGGAGCAGUGAGAAUAAAGACUGACCGCUGUAUUAAGUGUAACCUGGGUUGUAUUGCUGUAUGUAAAUAGAAUCUUAAUUUAGCCUUAUUUAAUAAUUAUGGGUUCUUAAUCAAGUGCAAUUUUAAAAUCUGAACUGAUGCAGACCAGUUUUGAGGGAUGAUUGUGAUGUUCUAAUGCCUGUCAAUAUUGGACAUAACAUUUUUUUUUCCUGGACAGCAUAGUGGUGCAGCUGGUAGUCCUGGAUACUGGGUUCAAACCCUGUCUUUGGUUACCACUACUGUCUGUUUUAGUGGUGUCCGAUCAGGGUCUGUAUGUAGACACAGAACCAGCCAAUAGUACAGCUGGGGAUUCAAACUCUGUAUCCCUGAGGGGAGCCAAAUUUACCACUGCACCACCCAAUCACAUUUUGCUUCCUCUGGUCCUUCUGACCUCAACUCUAGACAGAGGAGAGCCGUGAUUAACACUCGCCCCCCUUCGACACAAGUGCUGACUUCUUUUCACCUGCACAAAGCAGGUUCAUAUGGAGAUCUGUAUCACACACAGAAAGCCAUGCACUAAUCUCCAUUAUUCCCGUCUCUGUGUAGGCAUCAUGGAUCAGCCAACAGAAGUUGUAAGUGCAGCAGUUAUUAGGAAUCUCUUCCGGCAAUCUCACCUGCGGACGAGCCAAUCACUGUAUAGGCGCCCGGCCUGCUGGUAGUUGAGCUGAGAUUUAAACUUUUAAGUUUAUAAUGUCAACUCUGGUGUGCUAGGGUGUUUUACCGCUGUGCCACCUGAGUGCCCCUCCAGACAAGUUUUUGGUUUAACGAAUUGCCUUCAAUUGAUGUAAAAGAAAACGGGCUGAAAAAAAUUAUAAUGAUACUUGAAGUUUAAUUUUACUGUCCUCAGACGAUGCAACUUAAUUAUGUCAUGAUGGACUUUAGAAGGAACUGUGGAAGCAUUUAUGGAGAACAAUGGAUUUGUAUAGGAUGGUCAUGUAUAUUUUAAUAAUUUUUAAAGUUCCACAACUGACACUUUCAUUUGAGUGUACAAAUAUGCAAAGCAACUGCCAAUACAGAUAAUCUGUGUGAUGUGCAGUUGUGUACAUUUGUCAACAUGGGUUCAGAUUUAACACUAUGAAAUGAAACACACUGGGCUGUUUAAAUCGCAGGAAAGAGAUGUCUGUUUUUUGUUAAUAUGCAUUACUGCUGUACAGUUUGCAGGUUUUCAUUUUAAUCCAUAGGCCUUCUGGACAAAACAAUGCUGUUUUACACUGAACAGUUUGUUCUUUCCAGCUCACAUAAACAUUGGGUUAAUAGCUUUAAUAUUUUUGAAUGAGAGGUGCGGUAAAAGAAAUAACUUAAGACUGCAACCAAGCCUUACUAUGUUGUUUAAUUUGUUAAUUGAUUUGUACAUAGAAUAUCAAUCUUUGUGGCAUUAAAACACAAUGCAUCCAAAUCAUUCCAAACGUCACCUAUAAAUGUGAACAGGCUGUGGAUUUGCACAUUUUUUUCAUCUACAUUUGGAGGUUGUAACUAAAGGGCCAUGUUUUGUAUUUACCUGAAGGUUAAUGGAACACACUGUCAUUAGGUUUGGAGUUCAUGUCUUCACUUCUGGAGUUUGACUGCUAAUAAACAUGAAAUGGACUUCA